GAGGCAGAGUGAGUCACAGCGAGAUUUUGUAAACCUAAUAAAGAAUAGUUGUUGCGCAUAUUUUUUCGCAGCGUGUCGUGACGCAGUUUUAGCUGAACGUGAUCCUGCGGAACGCAGUGUCAUUGCCGCAGUUUUGUACAUUAUUCACGGUGAGUGGUUUAAAAAUAUGGAAGAAAAACUAAUUGAGGCGGUGCGAAAUCGACAAGUUUUAUACGAUACUAGUCAUGUAGACUACAUGAGGACAAAACUAAAAACUGAAAAGUGGGAAGAAAUCGCUAAAGAAGUUGAUAUGAAAACUGUUUCAGACGUAGAGGCCAAGUUUUUGGACAUUCCUAUGUAUGCAGCCCAGUCCUGUCCACUAGCAGCCCAGUUCUAUCCAGCAGCUGCCCUACCAUCAGGCCCUAUACCCUGCUGCCGCAACCGCUCAAUCCUGCAACAGCAGUUCAACAGCAACCGAUUUCUAUUCGGAUAAUUCUCUCUUAAGCCCCGCUGAUAUCCAUGGAGAACAAGACAACUACUCCGCAGCCAGUUCAGCAAAUCUGAUUAAUUAUAUUAAUACUUUCACAGAAAAAUCAUUUUGUUAAUAAAGUUGGCUAAUGUAAAUUAAUAAAAUAACUUACCU